AUGUUCAGGCGAAAAGUAUUUGACCGUCAGUCCGGAACUGAUGUUGUGCUUACAGAUGAACAAGUCGAGAAAUUGAAUAACCUCGCAUCUGGUAAAUACCCCGUGGUUGGAUAUAAUCCAUAUGAACCAUUCUUGGACAUAUUUUCAUCAGAGAAGACUAUUCAUCCAAUCGAUAAUAGACCAGAGCCAAAAGCGCGGUUUAUUCCAUCAAGAGACGAAAUGCGCAUCGUAAGUCGUAUGGUACACGCCAUCAAAAUGGGUUGGUCUAAGGGUCCAAAGCAAAAACCACAAAAGAAGGUUUACGAUCUGUGGGCAGCUGAGGAUUCAAUGGACCACAAGACAAAAUCUGAAUUAGCUCGUAUGAGGAUGCACAUGCCAGCAAGCACGGCUAUGCCGCUUCCAGUUCAUGCUGAAUCAUACAAUCCACCGGAGGAGUAUCUGUUCGAUGAAGAAGAAAAGCGGAAGUGA